AACCUCCAUCAAAGAGUUUUUAACAUUAUUAUUUAUCAUAUUUUCAUUAUUACUACUUAUUCUUCUUUUUAUUUUAUAUAAUAUAAACUUAUAUUUCUAUGAUGAUGAUGAUCAAGAAUAAUGUUAAAGACUCUUUGAUGGAGGUUAUGAAUCACGAAACCAAUCAUAAACCGCUUUCCGCCAUGAUAGUUUAGAGUCAUUGAGUUUCAAAUCGAACUUGAGAUCUGACUCGACUCGACUCAGAGUCGGGUAGAGUCAACAAAUCGAAUACGCUAUCAAAUAAUUCUCACUUAUGACGUCAUAACUCAGUUGAAUGCACGUUCCUUUUGACGCUGAGAAAGUGAGAUUCAAUUGAGUUUCUGCAUACGAUCGACAUCGUGUGCUUUAGUAGUGAGUCUAAUAGAUUCACAUACAAAAGUAAUGAAAGUUAUGAACCUGCGAUAUCACUUGCGCGUUUCUUUUACUCAUUGAACAAUUGACAUUUUAUCUGAGUAUAAAAUACUCACAUAACUGAGUGACUCAGUAUCCCUUGAGUGCAAAUGGAAACUAAUAUAUUAUUAGACGGCGCAUGCUCAUAUCACUGUAUUCGUAUAUAAAUUUCUUAACCUAAAAAAAAAACAGACUCUGUCAACUUUUUGCGAACGACGAUUUCAAUUUUUUAAACUCUUGUCUUUAGGACCCCUGGAAAAAUAUCGAAAAAUUGUACUUUUGUCAAGAACUAAUAAUAAGUGACACGAUUAAAUAUCCCGGUAUAAAUGCGAGAACUCUCGAGAUGCUUACUAUCAUUAUAUUCUUAUUAUCAUGUGUUUUGUUUACAGUGACAUAAUAAAUAUGUCAGAAAAAUUACGACCAGAGAGAAAAAACUGUCCUUGAUAGAACACGUCUCUUAAAACCAAAGAUUGUUUUAGCGACACGUGUUUGUCAUGUACAAAAGUGAUUGGGAUAAAGAAGCUUGUGUCUGUUGAAUGUCAUAAAGAAUAAAUAAAUGAAAAAUGCCUAGCGGCAGACGAAAUGCUGCCGGUCGAGCUGGCCCGAACGGCAGAUCCGGCAAUAGUUAUGCUGGGUCUACGAAUAUCAAUGGAAGGAGUAACAGUGGAGAAAGAGCGAUCGGGAGUGGCGUGGAUGACAAGAGAAUCGAUGAGAUUUACGGCGGAAAAUCUCUGGCACCGAAGCACGUUCCUAUACCCAUUGUGCCAGUCGACGGACAAUUGGCUUUUGAAGCUUUAUCCUUGGCCAUCUCAAUUGUCGCAGCUUGUCUGCAAAUGCUUAAUCUAUACAGGACUGUAUGGUGGUUACCACAUUCGUAUAAUAAUUAUAGUAUGAAUUUUUAUUUGAUAGAUCCUUACCUGCUUAUAUUUAUUUUUACAAUGAUGGCACGUAGAUUUGUUUAUACAUUAUUACGUCAAUUCAUUGAUAUGUUAUUGCCAGUUCGAUGGUUACCUGCAAUCCAAAAGAUUAUGAGAAUUUCUCUGUUACUUACUGUGAUGAGUAUAUUAUGCUGGUGCCUCUAUCACAUGGCUCAGAAGCAUAACUCUAUGAAGAUCUUUUAUUUAUGUUAUCCUUUGUCGGUAUAUUUUGUCAUGUUUGGAAUAAGUGCAGCACCAUUUUUUGAUAUUUCUACAACAUUCUCAUGUGGAAAGGAAGAACGGAAAACAAAAUAUUUAUUAGAUAAACCUUUACACAAUUGCUCGCUAAAUGCGUCGGCCAUCCGGGCGGAAGUAUUCACCUUGAGAUCCGAUUUUAACCGACGAUUAAAGCAAGCUUUGUUUUCGUCCUCCGGUAGUGCGUACGUUUGCGGAAUCGCGCCCAUCAUCUUCGUACCACCACAUUUACAUUUCAAUAUACUAUGGGUGGUGCAGCACGUAAUUUUGUUCUGGCUUGGUCGGAUAAGCGCAUGCUUUGUUCAGUUUUAUCCUGUCAGAUAUUGCGAUGUACUACAUAGGGCAGCAUUGCAUUUAGGCCGAUGGGUUAAAAUAGAAAAUCGAAAUAAUCACAUUUAUGCCCAACCGUGGAAUGAUACGGUAUUGUGGCCGCAUGGAUCGGUCGUAAGGCAUAAUCGAGAGAUUUAUCGUUCCGAAGGUUUGUGUACAGCAGCGGAACCGGGUAAUCUAAAUCACUAUAGAUUCCAUGCUUUAUUCCAUAAUCCAACAAUAUUGCUAUUUUCAUUAUUGGGACUGCAAUUGUUAUUGGUGAGCUUUCAAGUGCUUAUUUUAUUACGGAUAACUGAAUGGUAUCAAAUACUUUCGAUGACAUUGUUACUAGUUAUAAAUUAUUAUACUCUGUUCAAAGUAACAAGGGAUUAUUUAAUAUGCUGGAAAGUAUAUCGUGCUGAACAAAUAAUUCAAGAGAAAUCUCAAAUGAUUGUAAAUCCAGUUGCUCAAUAAGAUACAAAAAAAAAAAAAUUUCCCUGCAACAUUCAUUUUAUAUUAUUUCUAUUAAAUUUAUUAUUAAAAUAAAAUAAAAUAAACAUUUUAAUUAUACAUAUCAACGUAAAAAAAAAAAUUUACAUUAAAUUUACAUGAAAACUUUAGAACUUGCAUAUUUUAGAGAUUCUUAUUAAAUAAAAACAAAGACAAUGUAACAUGUUAAAUACAUUUAUUUCGAAGAAUAAUACGGAAAGUAUUAGACCAAAACUAACUGAUAUAUAUAUAUAUAUAUAUAUAUAUAUAUAUAUAUAUAUAUGUAUAUAUAUGUGUGUGUGUGUGUGUGUGUGUGUGUGUAUAUAUAUAUAUAUAUAUAUAUAUA